UUUAAUUCAUUGGGUGUUUAUUGUUUUCAAGGAAAGUUAAAAAAAAUAUAUAUACUUACAUAUAAAAAAAAUGUUUAGACAUUAUUGUAAAAACUUUGUUUAAAUUUAGUAUGCUAAUAAAAAAAGGUAUAUUGCACGAGCUGGAACGCAGUUCUAUAGUGAAAAAAAUAUGCUGCUGUGAAAAAGUAAAAGUAACUGAAAUCGUAGUUUAAUCGAAUUUGGUAAUUCUUACUAUAAAAUUAUUAGAAAUAAAAUUCCAAAAUUGUUCUAGCACAUCGCUGUAAUAGUUUUAAUAGUUUUUUGAUAUACAUAUUUAGAAAAAUUAAAUUGAGUACAUAUGUACAUAUAUAUAUACAAUAUUUAAUGCAAAAUUGUAAUUUUUUAAAAGUAGUGCAUUGUAAUAUACAAAUAUGAAAGAUUUAUGUAUAUGUGACGCAGAAUUAAGGAAAAUGAAUACAGUAUUGUAAAAUAAAGACCAAAAAUGGGAACUACAACCUCUUCAGAUUGUCCUAUUGCCACCACCUUCUCAGGAACUACUCAAUCUAUUGGACAAACAAGUCUUGGAUCACAUAAUUUUCGUGAACAUAGAAGAAAACGUGUUACGGGAUUUGCAACACUGAAACGUAAAUUUAUACGCCGAAGGCGUUCAUCAAAAGCUUGUGAUCAUGCACGGGUUUUAAGGGACUUCGUUUCUGAUUGGAGUCCCAUGGAAUUGGCGGCUCUUUUUGAAGAAUAUGAAGCGUUGGCAGCAUUAAAAGAUUUGUCUGUUCAAGCGGAACUAGCUAGACCUCCAGCCACAACAUUUAAACAAGAUUUAGCAAAUUUGUUUGAAACAAAAUUAUGCACCGAUUGUGAUUUAGUAUUUCGGGGUAGCAUCUUUCCUGUACAUCGUUCCAUUUUAUCAUCACGCUGCUCCUAUUUUCGAGAUUUAUUAGCUGGAUGUCCCGGACUAGGCGCACGUAUAUGUAUAGAAUUGCCAUCAUCGCCAAUCGAUGUUCUGAUGUUUUCAUCACUUUUAAGAUAUCUGUACACAGGAGACCUAUGUCAACAUGAUCCGACUAUCGAUACAAAUAUUUUACGACAACUCAGUGAUGAUUUUGGAACCCCAAAUCCUUUAGAGCACGAUUUACGUUAUUUAUUGGAAACUGGUGACUAUGCUGAUGCUGCAUUGGUAUUUACUUCUGAAGGAAAUGACUUUCAUCGUCCAGAUUCUGGGAGCUCUGAGUACGGAUUUAGGCCGAAAUUAGAAUUGCCGUGUCAUAAAGCUAUUUUAAGCGCAAGAUCACAAUUUUUUCGAAACUUAAUUCAACGUAGGACUAGAAAUGAUGAAUAUACUGAAAGAGCACUCCACGUGCCGACAAGAAUAGUACUAGACGAAUCUGUUAUUCCAAAACGUUAUGCAAGAAUUCUUUUACAUGCUAUAUAUUUGGAUACUGUUGAUUUAACUUUAAUUUUAAGAGGUGCCGGUAGUGGAAAUAGCGCGGGAAGUUUGGGUGAAGUUCAUGCUCUUACGCAUUUGGGACGAGUACGGCCGACUCCUCUUGAAGAAGCUAUGGAGCUUUAUCAAAUUGGUCGUUUUUUGGAGCUGGAUAUAUUGGCCCAAGGUUGCGAAGAUUUAAUAUUAGAAUGGUUGACCCUUGAAACACUUCCAGCUGUUCUGAAAUGGGGCAGUCAAUCACAUGGCUCAGCUUGGGUUUUCAGGCAAGCAUGCCAGUUUUUGCGGGAGGAGUUCUCGUCGGUGAUGUCUUCACCUGUAUUGCAACAAUUAGAUAAAUCUCAAUUAAUAUGUGCUCUUCAAAGUAAUUUUCUGCAAGCAUCAGAACUAGAAGUUUUGCAAGCUGUUUUAAAAUGGGGAGAGCAGGAGUUGAUCCGACGUAUGGAAGACAGAGAACCAAAUCUUCUCAGUCAUACAGCACAUUCGGUAACUCGAAAAGGCGUUAAAAAAAGGGAUCUCAGUGAUGUGGAAUUGCGAGAAAUAUUAUCCGAACUGUUACCUUUAGUUCGUAUGGAUCAUGUUUUGCCUCCUAACAACGAAAUUCUGUGCCAGUCUAUUCGGCGGGGUUUAGUUAGUACGCCGCCAUCCCAUAUGAUUGGUGACGAAAGAGAAAAUCUUCGGGUAAAUGCUUGGAUUCGGGGAGGUAAAAAUCAAGGUCUUUUUGUUCGCCCUAGAUUGUUUAUGCCGUACUUUGAAGAGGUCAAAGCCUUAUUCGAAGAUAGAAUGGCGUCCUCGCAUCAUAAUCAGUUCGAGUUAAUGCGAAUGAGAAGAUCAAGGCAUUUGCCAGACAUUCCUGAUACUUUAUAUAUGGUAUCAAGAAUGAAUGCCAGUGCCGUAGUUUCUCAAAAUGAGACUAACGUUGAUAUAUUGUCAUUGGCAGCAACAAUACCUGCUCCGGAUAAUGCAAUUAUGCAAGCUAUGAUCAAAAGAGAAUAUAAAUUACGUCAAUCUCCAAUGUGUCAAAGAGCAAUGAUGUUAUCGUUGUCUUCAAAACAUGAAAUAAAUCGUCAAAUUCGUUUACGCGUUGUACGAGAAUUCAAUUUACCUGACGAGGUCGCUGAUUUGCUGGAGAGGUCCGUUAUUAACUCUUUAUGUACAGGAAAUGGAAGCACAACUGGUGUGGGAUGUAUUGAUGAAUUACCGAUAUCGACAAAUCAAACUGACGACUUAACAGUGGACGAUGAAAAAUUACCCCCUUCUCCAACAAUGCGUAUUGUUUCCGGAAAAAUUAACAACAAUACAAACAGUCGUCGGCUAAGUGCGCGUGACAGUUCAGAUUCUUCAGUACAAAAUAUUUCUCAUUGUUACAGUCGAAAUUUAACUUUUCCUCGUCAACAAGAAAAUGGAGUCAGUAGUAAUGGCAUUGCAACUAGCCACUGUGGUAGAGUAUCAACUGGUAGUUUUAGAGCUGAGCUACCAUCCUUAAUAACGGAGGGAGAUUAUCGUUUUCCUUCAACAAUUGAUGAACCAGGGAUAGAGAGUGCCAAUAGAGAUGGAAACUCUUGUGCGGAAGGACAUUUAUCUGAAAUGAUGCCUGAUGUUGCAAUGGCAACUGCUUCACUUGGUCAACUUCAUUUAGCUAGUAGCGGGACUGAGCAACAAGAUAGUUUACAUUUAGAUUUGGGUGAUGGGCCUAGUCACAUAAUGGGAAGCGCAACGGCAGGUUCUAGUACAUUAAGGAAUUUGCAGCACCAAUUGCCUACUGGUUAUCAACAAUAUAUGCACCAUUCAGAUUCACCUUUUGAUUUACAUCAUCAUGCUAAUCCCGGGGGCCAAGCGCAAAUACAACCAAAUCAACAACAAGGACCACCACCACAAGGAUCAUACAAUACUGGACCAUCGCGCUAUUUAUAGAGAUUGAAAAUUGCCCCUGAUGCGGGUCAAUAUUUCAGUUUGCCUUUCUGAUGUAUAAUAUAUAAACAAUAAAGUUACAACAAUUGAAAAGAAAAGUAAAUGGUUCUGUGGCGGCAAAAAAGAAUUUAAUUGCCUAAAUAAUUGUUUUUCCCUCAAUUGUAUUUCCUACACAAAGUUGCAAGCUUUUAGAUGAUUGUUGAAUACAAAUUAUAUUUGAGUUAUAAUAAAUUUAAUGGACUGGUAAUCGGUUUAUAAAUUGUAAACGUUUAUUCUAAACAUAAAAAGUGUGUAAUGAAGUAAGUUAAUAUUAUAGGUAUGUAAGACAAAAAUUAAAAAAACUACAAUUAUUAUUUAUAGACACCUUUUUUUUAAAGCUUAAAGUUUUUGUUAUAAUAAAACAUAUUAUUUAAAUAUAGAUAUAGUUCAAUUCGUUCGAAUACAAUUUGUAAAUUGUUUACUUUCGUUAUUGUUAACUUUAAAUACGUCACAACUGUGUUAAUUUAGUGUGCCCCGUUAAAAAUUUUCAAAUAUUUAAAAUUUCUGGUCUAGUUGAAAUAUAAUUUUGGAAGUGAUUAUUUUGGUUCGGAAUAAACAAGCUUAAAACUUUAAUUAAUACAAUUUAUAGUAAUGUUAAUUAUUUAUACAUUAUUUAUUAUUUGCAAUAUACAUACAUUUAUAUAUUAUGAUUAUUUUAUAAUAUAAAAACCAUGCAUUUAUAACAUUGUGAUUGUUCGAAAUUAAAAUAUUGAAACCACUCUUACAAUAAUCUUCAAUUUGACUAUAUUUGAUAUCCAGUUAGCUUAAAUGAAUUGCCAAAGUACAAUAUGUAUUUGUUAAUUCUACAUUAAGUCGACAUUUAGUUUAAUUUUGUUUUCUAUAAGUAUGCAUACAAAAAUGUACAGUAAAAAACAUUUAAUUAAAAAUUAGUACGUAUAAACCCGAGAAAGAAAACAAUGUUUAUUUUAUGGCUUGUAUGUAUGUAUAUGAGUUAAAAAAAUAAAUAUUAUGAUCUAUAAUUUUUAAUAACAUUAUUAUUUAAAUCAUAUUAUGCAAUAAUUAAAUAAAAAAUCCAAUUAUAAUAAAUCUGUCAAAAGGAAAAUAAAUACAUGUAUUAUAUUUCAAGUAUUUGCAAAUUAUAAUUACUUAAAUUAAGUUACAAU